GCCGGGGGCUCAUAAAAGCGGCGGCGGCCGCGGUGCGGGAGGGGGUGUGUGUGGAGCCGGGCUGGUGCCAGCGGUGUCUGUCGGGGCUGGUGUCGAGCGCGGUCGCCGGCCAUGGAGCUGCCGGACCUGGGCCGGCCCUGCUCGGAGCCCGCCUGCCGGCGCUGGGACUUCCUUCCUUUGAAAUGUGAUGCAUGUGGAGAAGCUUUCUGUAAAGAACAUGUCAGAUAUGAUGACCACAAAUGUAGGUCUGCCUACAAAAAAAAUGUGCAGGUUCCAGUGUGUCCUCUCUGUAAUGCACCUAUCCCAGUACAAAAAGGGGAAAUACCAGAUGUUGUGGUUGGAGCCCACAUGGAUAAGAACUGCAAAUAUAAUCCAGCUCAGCAAAAACAGAGGAUCUUCACAAACAAGUGCUUGAAGCCUGGCUGCAAAAGAAAAGAAUUGAUGAAGGUAACCUGCGAGCAGUGCAAUGGGAACUUUUGUAUAAAACAUCGGCAUCCCCUGGAUCAUGAUUGUAAAGGGAGUGGCCACCCCAUCUCCAAGGCUGGAUCUGCAGCUCUGAUGAGAGCCUCUGAAAUUGCCUUCAAAUCAACAGGAGUAAUUGGAAUGCCCUCUAAUGGGAGUCUUCAGCACAACAGGUAUCAGCUGCUGGAUGAGAAAAGCCAAAGGUGUCUUAAGUAUGUUGACACAAGACUUCUAAAGUGCCACUGUUACACUUAUAGAUAUAUCUGCUCUAGAGCUGAUACUUGACCUUUGAUCAGUGUUAGGAAUGCAGUGGAGGGAGACCUGGCAUCACAAGUUUAUCUUCACUGUGUAAUGUAUCAAUUAAAAUGGUUAUAUAGACACAAGCAUUAGGACAUUGAAUUCUUUAUUGUAACAAUAGGAUGGUCUCCUGCCUGGUCAAGCUGUGGGGGAAAAUGGUAUUUCAUCAAUGUGGAGAAAGCAUAGCAAGCAUCUGACUUAAAAUAAAUAGCCCUUCCCUGCAGAGGUGCAUGUUCUUGUGACUAACAGUUGUUUAACUCUUACAGUGCAUUCUUACCUC